AUGCAGAAAGUGCCAAGUGGUAAUUGGAACAUUGUAUCAACUGUGAACUUAGAUUGCAAGUUGGAUCUUAAGCAAAUUGCUUUGCAAGCACGAAAUGCUGAGUAUAAUCCCAAGGUCUGCACUGGUGCUAAAAGUGAACAUCAAUCUAAACUGGCAGCAAGGAAGUACGCCAGAAUCAUCCAAAAGCUUGGGUUUCCUGCUAAGUUUAAGGACUUCAAAAUUCAGAACAUUGCCGGGUCCUGCGAUGUCAAAUUUCCUAUCAGACUUGAAGGUCUUGCAUACUCCCACGAUGCAUUUUCAAGUUAUGAACCAGAACUCUUUCCAGAUCUGAUCUACCGAAUGAAACAACCAAAGAUUGUGCUACUCAUUUUUGUGUCAGGGAAGAUUGUGAUCACUGGAGCUAAGGUGAUUGCAUUUGGGCCUCCG